GGCCCUGCCGCCGCGGGGGAGCCGGAGCGCGGAGCCGGCUGGCGGCGAGCUGGGCCCGGGGCGGGGGGGCCGGGCGGGGCCUCUCCCCGCGGGAUGGAGGCGCGGGGAGGCGGCGGGGGCGCGGGGCCCGCCUGCGGCUGCAAGGGGAUCCGCUCCUGCCUGCUCUGCGAGGGGCCCGCGCCGGCCGCUCCGCCCCCGCAGGGAAAGGGUAACUUCACUUAUUGUCCAGCAGCAGGUUUAGCAGUAGGAAAUGAAUGCUCAGAGUUUGCUGGCUGGGCAUUUCCAUUUCCAGGCGUGUUCUUGCUGGAGGAGUUUAUAAACCAAGAUGAGGAAUCUGAGAUGGUUCGGCUGAUGGAUCAAGAUGACUGGAAACUAUCACAGUCUGGCCGAAGGAAGCAGGACUAUGGGCCCAAAGUGAACUUUAAGAAAAAGAAGCUGAAAGCUGGUGGUUUCAUUGGCUUGCCCAGUUUUAGCCAGGAGAUUGUGCAGCGAAUGAAGGCUCAUUCUGCGCUAGAGGAUUUCUUUCCUGUUGAGCAGUGUAACCUGGACUAUCUACCUGAAAGAGGUUCUGCCAUUGACCCACACUUUGAUGACUGGUGGCUUUGGGGGGGGCGACUGGUUAGCUUAAACUUGCUCUCAAAAACUGUGCUGUCCAUGUCUUGUGAUUCAGAGGACAGUCUUCAGUUAUUUGCCACUCACAGUCAAGGAAGCGGGGAAUCAAAUCUCUCUGCCUCACCUCAAGUUUCUCAGACCCAUAAACCAAACAACCUUACUCCCACAUCAGCAUGUGAAAAUGUAGACAGUUGGGAUAUGGACCACUCAUCUUCCCCAAGACUUAUUCCAUACAAAGAAGUUACUGUAGACAUUCUCUUACCUAGGAGAUCCCUGAUUGUGCUGUCUGGAGAUGCACGCUAUAAGUGGAAACAUGCAAUUUACCGCAAGCACAUUGAGCAUCGCCGGAUCUGUGUCACCUUCAGGGAGCUGUCUGCAGAAUUCACUUUGGGAGGAAAGCAGGAAAAACUGGGUAAAGAGCUCCUCGAAAUAGCCCUGACAUUUCAAGGAAAACCAGUGUGAACAUGAGGGGGAGAACAUCGGUAUUAUGAGUUGUAUGGAUAUUUGAAAAUUAAAGUUCAGAAUUUUUGCAAUUUA